ACGUUUGUGUAGUUAUUACACUUGUACAGACCCAGUUCAUUUCUGGAGAUUUAACAAUAGACCAAAAAAUCCGAGAAGGACGCCAGCGAGGGACACAGUAAAAACAACAUCAACUCUUAUUGUGACAAAUGGAUCGGUUCAUCAUAUCAGUUGUUCUUAAAAAGAUGAUAUCAGCAGGAAAACUUGAAUUCUGCGGAAUAUAUCGGUUUGUCUCUCUUAUAGAAUUAGGCGUCCGUUUGGUUGGUGGAAAUUCUUCAUUGGAGGGUCGAAUUGAAAUCUGGUAUAACAACACAUGGGGGACAGUGUGUGAUGAUAGAUUUGACAGCAGAGAAGCUGAAGUUGUAUGUCAUAUGCUUGGUUAUGAAAGACUUGGUGCAAUGCCUUAUAUGGAAGCUGCAUAUGGUCAAGGAAAUGGACCCAUAUGGGUCGAUGAGUUACAAUGUCAAGGUAAUGAGAUUUCAGUGAGAGACUGCCUCCAUUCACCUUGGGGAUUGCACGACUGUGGGCACAAAGAGGAUGCAGGUGUAAAAUGCCGAACAAAAAAAAACGAUGACAGGAACAGAAUGAUCACAGUUGAGCUUGACCUGGUUGUAGAGGAGACGGAAAAACAUAAAAUAUUUGACAGAUACAAGAGCUACCGUAAAAAUGCAGUUAAAGACCCAUCAAAGCGCUGGAAAGAAAACACUAUAUACUAUGUGUUCGGAGAUGGCAUAGAUAACAGUAAAACUGAUCUUAUCCGAGAUGUCUUGGACGAAUGGAGCGAUUAUUCCUGUAUAGAUUUCUCUAAAAGUGUCUCAAAUGACAACUACAAUCAAAUCGUCUUCAUUUCGAAACAAGGCGAUGAACGGUGUGGCAGCACAUAUGUUGGAAUGAAACCAGGUUCUCAAGAAAUUUAUCUCGGAAAAGACUGCUUUAAACGGGAUAUUAUUCUACACGAAGUGGGCCAUGCAUUAGGCUUUUACCAUGAGCACAACCGUGCAGACAGAGAUAGCUAUAUAAAGAUACAUUAUGAGAAUAUCGAACAGGGCUACGAGGAUAAUUUGAAAAAAAUGAAACAAAAUGAGUAUGAAGAUUUCGACAAACCAUACGAUUACAGGAGCAUAAUGCAUUAUGGACAAUAUUUUUUCUCAAAGAAUGAGCGCAUCACAAUAGAAACGCUGAAACCUGAGUAUCAGGAUAUAAUUGGUAAAGCAAGGCAUCCGAGCUUUUUGGACUACAAAAUAUUGAAUACUAUGUAUGAAUGUUCAGCCAGGUGUGAUGAUAUUAAAUGUCCUGAUGGCGGCUUCCUGGGAAAAAAUUGUUAUUGUUACUGCGAGGAAGAUGAGGACGACAAAUCUAUCAGACCUUGCUUCAAAAAGAAAAAAUGCCCAAAUCCCUCGAUUAAUUCAUAUCUGUUUGAUGUUCUGGAUAAAAGAAAUGAGAUAUGGGUUAAUGUAUCCUAUAUAAACCAUUAUCCCGACAAAACAGUCUUAAACUUAUUCUCCACAAACAAGAAAUGUACUCUCGCUUCGCAACUUCAGUGUGAUAAAGGCACAUGGAAGGGAAACAUUCAAGACUGUCCUGUUCAACUCGAACUUCAGUCUGUUGACGGUUCAGGCAACGAAGGUAUUGUAGAAGUGAAAUUGAACGGAGAGUAUGGUUUCAUCGGUUACAUUUGUGAUGAUGAUUGGGACGAUAAUGACGCAACUGUUGCCUGUAGAAUGAUGGGAUUUGAGUAAGUAAACCAGAACAAUUGGUUGUCUUCUCCACUGCCUGAGAGAUUCUAGAGGAUGAAUGAUUUCAG